AGAGAGUAAAGUAGAUUGAAAUCAGAGCUCAUCGUCAAUGGAGGUGAAACAAGCAGGAUCGUCACUCGAUUUCUUGAUCUCAUCAUUCAACACUCGAAUUGCAGAGCUCCAAGAACUCGUCAUCGCUCGCAACAUGUAUCCGGCAAGCAGCGUCACCGAUUUAUCAGCCGUCGAUGCCGCAUUGAAGGCUAUGGAGCUUCAGGUGCACCAAAUCAAACACCGAUUGCACGAAGAGACCCAAGCUAUCCCCAAGGCCAAAAAGCUGAUUGAAGCAUCACUGCAGCAACAAAAGAAAUUGCAGAGCAUGUCUGCUUUUGUUCCAGCGUAUCUGCCAGAAAAAGCUACAGCUUUGCAUCAAGAUAUAAAUAGAGGCUUCAAUAUGCUCUCAGAAACCUCCAAAGAAGAUUUUGCAUUUGGGACUUUGAAACUUGAGGAGGAACCUGCAGUAUUACCCAAAGAGAAAAAGGGUCGUGGUCCGCCACCACUAUGGUACAUUACUGCUGAGGAGCUGAAUUCCUUGUCAUCGUACAUGAAAGGGAGGCUUACUUUAGAGAAGGUCAAUGCAGCUAUUAAUGAUAUGGCAACAUAUGCUGAAGUAAAUGGCCAGCUUAUAACCGCUCCACGAAAAAAGUUGUCAGAAAAUGUCUUGGACAGAGCCCUGGACUUAAGAGAUAUUGCAACGACAGAAGCCGUGAAGGGAAAACACUUUUUCCUUGAAACUGAUAUCAAAGGGCCUGCAUUGAAGCUUGAUAAUACUGGAAAGGCAAUAUUGACGGUUCUUCGACAUCUUGGUCGCAUAACUGAAAGCCGGGUUGGGCAUCACCGUGUGAUCAUUCUAUUAAGGCCUCACUGAAUGUACUUUGCCUUCUCAGAUUAUUUGAAAUAUGCAUCCAUUUGUUUCUUCUGCUGUUCAUUCUCAAUGUUGAAUGUUAAGACUUGGUAUGAGAUGCCACACCCUCAAACAGAAGGUGCAGUUGUUGUAAGUUCAUGUGAAAAAAUGCUUAAAACUAGUCAAGUUCUUGGGAGAAAUGGUUCACAUGAGUCAGACCUUUGUUUGAACUACUUUGUGUGGUGCAAAUUGGAGCGUGUUCUUCAAAUUCUUCCAUAUAUGCCGGGCAAAUCCCCAUAGUUACCCGCAUGGGUUCGAUCAGUGG